AUGAAUAUGGAAAAGAGACGCAUUCAAGUAAAUGAUCAUGAGGAAAUUUAUCACCCAAAGAAAAGAUUGCAUAGGAGUUUCGAGAAAGAUCAAGAACGUCAUUCGAAGAAAAAAUCCGAAGAUUUAGAUCCUGACGAAUACGAAGUCGAAGCAAUCUUGGACAUAAGGAGAGAUGAAGUUACUGGAAAACGAAUUUCAGACGAGAAUACAUGGGAACCUCAAAAGAAUCUCAAUUGCCCUGAAAAAAUAAAAGAAUAUUUGAUUAAAAAUAAAGAUAAAAUAUCAUCGAAACAUUUAAAAUCGUUCGACGCUCGAGGUAAACAUCCUAAGCCAAUAUUCACAGAAGAACAAUUUCAAAAGAAAUUGAACGAACUACAAAACAAGAUUAGUUACAAGAAUAGAAUGCCCAGGCCAAUGAGUCCUAGGACAAAAAACAUGAUUAAAAGAUAUGAUGAUGAAAGAGAACGGAUGAUCCAACAGGAAAAGAUAGAAAAAGAAGUACGGGAGAAAGAGGAGAGAGACCGGAAAAUGUGGGAGGAAUUAAAAUCCAUAAAACCCAGAAAAUACUCUCAAUUGAAAGGCUCACAUCAAGAAGACAAUGAUUCAGAUGAUUCGGAAUCCUACUCACCAAGCGCAUAUUACGAGAAACCCAACGAAUUAAAUGGCACCAGCGAUUCUUAUCUCAUAACGCCAAGUCGCGAUUUGAAUCAAACAAACAACAAUCAUUCGACUACCUCUAAUCCUUCGAGUGUUGAUAUCUCAUAUUCAGCACCGACUUAUGUGCCUUCCUCAUUUAACAAUUUAGAACUGUCGGAACUCUUGUCCAAAAUCAGGCAUGAGGAACUUUUAAAGUCACUUCGAGAUGCAAACAUAAAUAUUUCGGCUCCAAAUUUAAGUUCAGUCUCGAUUAGUAACCAAAUGGAACAAGAGAUAGGGGAAGCUUUGUCAGAGAGGGAAGGUCUCGUAAUUGAAUCUACUCAACCAAUGAAAUUUUUAUGGCGGAUAUUUGAGGAAGAUAUGAAGAGAAGUGCAGAAGAUCGAGCGCUUUAUCCACUUUAUACGAUUUUUACAGUAACAGCACCUUUAGCAUCUUCAAAUAGCCUUGAUCAUGAAUCUCGGGAGCUUAGAAAGCUAGAUCAGGUUUCCUUCUUCCUAUUGGACGAAUGGGUGGGGUUCCUUCUUCCAACUAGACCAUCGUUAUGCAAUCAACUUAGGAUCCCUAUACCUCAUGAGGUCUUUCUAUUGAUUGGUUAUAGGAAAUAUGUUUUCCCCGUGAACUUUCUCGUUAACUGGCCAACGCACAUGCUCUCCACUUUUGAGGAUUCGAAAUAUACCUUAAUUGGAAAAAAAUUUAUUGAGAAUGAUAAUCUUUUAAGGUUUUUAAAUUUCCUAAAUGCCAACGAAACAUUCGUCAAUGACCCACAUCUUGAGAUAGUAAUG